GGCUCCCAUCUACCGGAAAAAGUUACAGGACGCCCUGCAUGCAGGGAUGCGCAUCGCUGUCGUUUGCAAAGCGCUCGAUUAUGAAUCUUACUCUCGCUCCGGCGGAGGCUGGUUUGAAGCCGUUGUGGACAAUCGAUGGUGGCCAGCUCGCCCAGCACUCACCUGGUUGUGAGCCUGGUGCCCGAUGACACUCGUGCUCUGCCGCUCGCCACUUUCCCGUUUAUGCUUCCCGUCCUCGGUAUCUCUCCUUACCCGAAUCAUUUCUUCAAUCCCUCGAUAGGCUCAAGAUCUCCUUCCUCAGCUCGCUCUGCGUCUCCUUCCGUGUCACCUCCACUAGCAUCGUCGUGCUGAUGAGACUCUCUUCACCCGACGGUCCUGCUAGUCCACACGCUCUCUGGCCGGCGUCAUCGACAGUGUCCAAUACGGCCAUCCACGUCACGAGCUAUGACAUGAACUCCAAUGACAUGAACUCCUGGAUGACUGGAGUGCCGUGCACCGGUCGUCGCUGUCUUGCACAAGGGAUGUUCUCCCGGCCGCAUACCCACCUCGUACCAGGAUGCAACUCGCAGUCGUUUGCACGGUAUUCGAUACUUCCGAGCAGCGCUUCCGUUCUGACUUGGGCAAUACCUCGUAGUCGGUUCGCCGAAGACAUACCUGACCGUCAGUGCGACGUGCGACGACCAUCAUACAGGCCUCGUGUCCGCCUGCUCACCCCUCACCUCGGUACUGCGUCUCCAUACCACCCCUCCACCUCUCCAAAUCCUCCUCUUCGUCCUUCGGCAGCGUCAACACCGCCUUUGUCAGCUCGCUUUGCGUCUCCCGCAUCCACUCCGCCAGCUCGCUCCCGCCGUCGGGGAUGCCCUCGCUCGGGCGGUCCUGCCAGUGUGCGCGAUCUUGCCGGCUGCGUCGACGGCGAUCGUCAUGACGGUGCCGACCGAGAUCGUCUUCGGGACGAGUUUCGGCGUGAACUCCUGGAGGACAUGGAGGGAAGUCGUGCGCGCGUCGGAGGCGGUGAUCCGCGCGUACUCCGUGGUGCAGGCGCGGACGAGCUCGGAGAGGCCGUAGAACUGCGCUGCUAUCGACAUCCGCUCUUCGCCACGCUGGCGGCGGGCGGGCUGUGUGAGAGGGUGGCGGCGUGAGGAGAGGUGAAUGUACGUACGGGUUUUUGUAGACGGCAUUCUCAGCGAAGAAGUUCAUGUUCUGAGAGGUCGAGUGUCAACGUACUAGAGGUGAUCGAGGUUG